UCCUCCCGCAACUGUCAAGCGCUGGCGGCGGAAAUGAUGAGGCGCUGGCCAUUUUCCGAGCCCGGGUUUCCUGCCUGAGCCCCGCUCGAGCGAGCCUCGAGCCAGGAGCCGGCGCGCGGGAGAGAACGCGCCCGGGGCGGGGGCCCGCCCGCCCCCUCGGGAUUUCGGGGGGCCGGGGGCGCGCGACGCCAUGGGCCGGCCGGGCCCGGACCCCCUCUCUCUCAGCCUGGCUGCCCCACCUCGGUCUCCGCCAUGAACGGGCCCACCGUGCAGCCUUCCUCGGCCUCCUCCACAUCCUCCCCCUCGUCGGCCGCGGCGGCGUCGUCGACGUCCCCGAGGGGCUGGAGCGAGUUCUGCGAGCUGCACGCCGUGGCCACGGCCCGGGAGCUGGCCCGGCAGUACUGGCUCUUCGCCCGCGAGCACCCGCAUCACGCGCCUCUGCGCGCCGAGCUCGUGUCGCUGCAGUUCACCGACCUCUUCCAGCGCUACUUCUGCCGCGAGGUGCGCGACGGCUGGGCUCCCGGGCCGCCGGGGUCCCGGCUGUGUGGCUCCAAGCAAGACAACCGGGCUGGCGGGGGUGGCCCUCCCACAGGCCGCCUGCAAGGACUCAGGAAGAACCUGUGUCACUGUAGCCAGUGGGCAGAUGGGAGCCAGCAUCUGUGCGGCCAGGGCUGGCUGUGGCCCUGGGUAGCCUGCUGUUGCCAUCUCUCUGCCUCUGUCCCGUGCUGGCUUGGUCGGGCUGGUCACCUGGCUGUCUCCUGGCCUGGGGGAAGAGAAGAGGUACUGGAGGCAAGGGCCCAGUCAGGCCUCCCCGUCAAUUCCAUCAUCUCUGUCUCCUUCCUUCCUUCGCAUCUGCUUCUCACCUGUGCUGGAAGCAGCCACUGGUCAUCUCAAGACCCUGGAGAAACAAUCUUAUCAGUCUUCUCACAAGAGAAAGAGGAGCGGGUGGGGAGGGGCGGUGGAGAGGAGACCUUCUUUCUGAGAAACUCUUGCCCCAGCGAUGCUGGCUCCCUGGAAACAGGCGUCUGCAAGAGUUCAAAGCCCAAGCUCCAGGCAACCUGCUCCAAUAUCCAGGAGGUCCGGCGAUGCACACGCCUCGAGAUGCCUGACAACCUCUAUACCUUUGUCCUGAAGGUGAAGGACCGGACGGACAUCAUCUUUGAGGUGGGGGACGAGCAGCAGCUGAACUCCUGGAUGGCUGAGCUCCAGGAGUGCACAGGCCAAGGGCUGGAGAGCACAGACCCAGAGAUGCAUAUUCCCUCGGCCCUAGAGCCUGGCACAUCCAACUCUCCGGCGGGAAGCACAGAUUCCCUGAACCAAGGUGCUUCUCCUGGGGGGCUGCUGGACCCAACCUGUCAGAAAACAGAUCACUUCCUGUCCUGCUACCCCUGGUUCCAUGGCCCCAUCUCCCGAGUGAAGGCAGCUCAGCUGGUUCAGCUCCAGGGUCCUGACGCUCAUGGAGUGUUCCUGGUGCGGCAGAGUGAGACACGACGCGGGGAGUAUGUGCUCACGUUCAACUUCCAAGGCAUAGCCAAGCACCUGCGCCUGUCGCUGACCGAGCGGGGCCAGUGCCGAGUGCAGCACCUCCACUUCCCCUCCGUCGUGGACAUGCUACACCACUUCCAGCGCUCGCCCAUCCCCCUCGAGUGCGGUGCUGCCUGUGACGUCCGCCUGUCCAGCUAUGUGGUAGUCGUCUCCCAGCCACCAGGUUCCUCCAACACUGUCCUGUUCCCUUUCUCCCUCGCUCACUGGGAUUCGGAGCUGGGCCUUCCCCACCUUAAUUCUUCCGGCUGCCCACGGGGGCUGGGCCCAGAGGGCCUCCCGGGCCGAUCCUCUCCCCCAGAGCAGAUAUUCCACCUGGUGCCUUCGCCAGAGGAACUGGCCAACAGCCUGCGGCACCUGGAGCCUGAACCCAACGGGCGAGCCCGAGACUCAGACUACGAAAUGGACUCCUCCUCCCGGAGCCAUCUGCGGGCCGUAGACAAUCAGUACACACCUCUCUGAUGGGCGGUGAGGAACGCCAGGCCUCACACGUGCCCCCAAGGAGCACAAGCAAGCGGAGAUGUGAACUUGUGAAUGUAACCUCCUUUCCUUCCUUCCAGAGAGAGAUUUAAGGACAGUUAACUGCUCAUUCCGUUUUGGAUGUGACCCUUCUAUUAGGCCUGUUGAAGGGCCUCCUGUAAGUCUUAUCCAUCCGUCAUGUGGCUUUCUCCGUACUGUUUACAGAUGUAGUUCUUCCCCAUCCAGUCCCCAUCCCUCUUACAGGAGGCAGCGGGGUGAGGGCCAGAGCUGGCAGCUGAACCCUAGUGUGCUCCUUCACUGACACAGCUGAUGACAGACUUUCGGGGGGGUGGGGGGGCCGUCAGGAAGCCCAAAACACUAACAAGCCCUGGCUUCUAUAUGGUUUGCCCAUUAUCGCCUCAGUCCAUGUGGCAGGCCUGCCACUGCCCGUGCCGUAGGCGACCACACCAGUCCUGCUUCAGCUCACAGCUUCAGGACAAAGCUCAAGGUUAAAAAAUGAUUUUUAAACAUUUUACCUCAGAUUAAUUUUUCAAAGGAUUCAGGUUUCAAAACUAAAUCACUGCUUAUUUCAUUGCACUCUUUAAACUAAUACUCAUGCGAUUUUGUAGUUUGAGACAGCUAUGCAAACCUACUUGUUCUCGGUCUGAGCCAGCAUGCCUGGCUUCUAUGUCUUUUGCAUCCUCAGGACAGUCACCUGCUGCUGGGUAGCCACUGUCCUUCCUAAAUGUGGAGAAGUGAAGUAUGUCACCCUUUCAGGGAAAUUCAGGCAACUACUGAAAUAGGAGGGUGGCAAGGAGUAAUUCUACCCUGGUGCCUUAUGAACAAAAAACUGGAUUCUGGUUUACAGUAGCUUUUUGGUUAAGAGUUAAACCAGUUUACCUAAGGGGUGAUGAGAGGGGCGGGAGGAAUAAGCAAAAAGAGAGGAAGGGCUCCUAGCCCCUUUCUUCUAAUAAAUCCUUCACCACCAGGGCUGGCUUGGAGCCCCUUAAGCAUCUAACGGCUCAUAAACUAUCCCACAAGGUUUUAGGCUCAUUCUUGAGCCAAUAUGGGAACUAGGAAAUCUGGUGCCACAACUAAUGAGAAAUUCCUUUAACAGCCCACACUCAGUGCUCUGUUCCAGCUGCUUCAUCUGAGGAGGAAUGUGUGUGCGUAUACACACGGGCGCACAUCUCCAACAGCCGGGGGGCGGGAGGGGGGCUCUGCAGUCAAGUCUCCAUCUAUACUGGCCUUUCACCAGUGAUACAAAUCACAGGGGGGCUGGCUCCUCCCAGAACUUUCAGGCGGAGGCUCAGAAACAAGGGGGGCAGUGACAGAGUGGAGCCAGCUGCUCUGGGUGCCAGCAGAGCCAUUCGAUACAGCCACCAGGCUCACCAAAGUGGCUUCUAGGAAACAGAGUUUAGCACAACUUAACAUUUAUAGAUACAUCAAUCAGAGACUAAAUUUAAACCCUCCCUGCUCUGUCUGGGGUGAGGGUUUGGUUUGCUCCUUCUGGCCAUUCUCUGUACUCCCAGAGGUCAGACUUCUAUAAAAAAAAAAAAAAUUGGGGAGGAGGGAAGCAGUCCCCUCUUUACCACGUUAAAAACCAAUGCUCCUGGGUGUUUUCACAGAUUGUAAAGCAAGUCCAUUUCUGAUCCAGAUUGGUGGUCUUUUUCUAAGGAUCCUUUCCUUUCCUUUUCUACACAAGGCACGUUUCUCUAAUGAGUGCUAAGCGAGGUGUGAACCAGAAAAGCAAGCACUAUUCUGCUUUCUCUUUUAAAAGAGAAAGCUCCUUCUAGAAAGUCAAUGCUGACAAGUCACUGGUACAGAUUUUCCCCUUGUCUGCACAGGAAAGGGGCCAAGUAAGCAACCACCCACGUUAGUCCCCUCCCUCGAGCCAGAAGUGUAAGCAUCUGGGACGUGGCCUCUUUAAGCCAGGGGCACUCACGUCUUAGCCUCUCCCCAUACAAUUCUCAGGUAAUGCCAAGAGGCAAGCCAGGCACAGCAAACUAGCAGCUCUGACCCACUGGCCACAAAGGACAAGAUCAGAUUCCAAGACAGAUUACUGGGAGUCACCCACCUCCAGACUGCUUCGGUAUAAAAUAUUUAAGGAAAAUGUUUCCUUUUUAAACAUGUCCAAGUGACCAGGACAGCUCAAAUACUCCCCGAAAAAAAAAAGCCCCCUCAUGGCCUGAGAAGAACGGACACCGAGCCAAUGCCUUUUCUUUCUGCUAGAGCAGGUUGAGCCAGAGGCAAAGGCUUCCUGGGCUUGAUGCCUUCACAGGCAAUAAGGCGAUGUCCGUCAUGGUAUGUCCCACACCACCCUCCUCCGGGCCCCAGUGUGACCGCUGCUGGCAGCAAGGAACCAACGGUCCCCACCGAGAGCCCAGGCUCUGAGUGCCAAGUGGACAGUCAGCGUCCUGACCCUCCAGUUAUCUCUAAUUGCAAAUGACAAGGAUAGUCUGACUGUUCCCAGCACCAUAGCUUCAUUCUUCAGUCUUGAAUGAACUUUUACAAACUAACAGUCACCAGCACCAAAGAAUUAAGUCAACUAACCUGCCUUGAAUUUUAGACCAGCAAUCCAUAUGGCUUUAUCUGGUAUAAAUCUUCUGCCUUUGAUCAUUUCUGGACCGUGUAGGAAAAAGGAAUAGCAAUCAUUAAAAUCUUAGGCCAGAGAACACUAUUUUUACAUAACAGUUUCUUUAACCUAAAAUCAAGGCCUUGAACCCUUCCCUAAGUGUUGCCUGGGACUCCUUCAUGCUUUUAAUUCAGGGCUACAUCUUUCAUCGCACACGUCACGUGAGCUCUGACAUCUCCCGCAGGCUAGAGGAACUCAGUAUAUUAUCCACUGCCUCUUAACAAGGACACAUCUGACGUCCAGUGUUUGGUUGGGAUAAGCAGCACAUUGUAUGACAACAGAGUAAACGGCUCCAUUCUGCAUCAUUACAGGCAGAAAGUAUUUGGCAAAUUUUUAUGUAUUGUUUAUGUACUGUACAAGUAACUUAUUCUUGAAUAAUGCAGAUUUUGCUAUAAUGUACAAAUUGCUACACAGGAAUUAAAAAAAAGUUUUCAGAAUCCUCA